AUGUUUUUUCGAAGUUUCUGUGAGAUAGUAAAAAAAUUAAAUGGGUUGAAACUUGGUCAUCUUGCAAGUUACUCUAUAGCUUCCCCUUUUUUUGUUGUUGUUUAUUCUUUGAGACAAGUUAGAAGGAUGAUGAUCAAUCCCACCAGUAGAGCUGUUUUUGGGUUGAGAGUUAAUCUCUCGAGGUGUCUGAGGAGCCUUCCGAGAUUAGCUUGCCGAUCAUACUCUCAGAAAGUCGUUCCCUUGACUAAAGAGACUUACCCAAGUACUGCUAGAAACCAAGCUUUUGCCCGCUUGAGCUCAGAUGAUAUUGGAGAAUUCAAGAAGAUUUUGUCGGAUAAGAAUGUCCUAACUGAUGCCACAGAUCUGGAAUUUUUCAACGAGGAUUGGAUGAGAAAGUACCGUGGAGAAUCGAAAUGCGUUGGGGGUUCUNNNCCUGUCUUCGAUGAAGUGGUUCUUUCUUUGGCGAACAUGAACAAAAUCAGAUCGUUUGAUAAUGUUAGUGGAAUCUUCAAAUUGGAUGCCGGUGUGAUCUUGGAAAUAGCUGAUCAGUAUCUUGCUGAACAGGGUUACAUUUUCCCACUGGAUCUGGGGGCCAAAGGCUCCUGUCAUGUUGGUGGUAAUGUAGCUUGUAAUGCUGGUGGUCUCAGAUUGUUGAGAUAUGGAUCCUUGCAUGGAAGUGUUUUAGGGUUGGAGGUUGUACUUGCUGACGGUACUAUCGUGGACUCUAUGCAUUCCUUGCGUAAAGACAACACCGGAUAUGACACCAAGCAAUUAUUUAUUGGGUCUGAGGGUACUUUGGGAGUCAUUACUGGAGUCUCCAUUUUAUGCCCAGCUCGUCCGAGAUUUACUAAUAUUGCCUUCUUGGGUCUUGAGUCCUACGAAGCUGUACAGCAUUGCUUUACACAAGCCAAGAAUGAACUGGGAGAAAUCUUAUCAGCAUUUGAAUUUAUGGAUGAAGAUUCUCAAGAUUUGGCCCGUAAGUUCAUAAAACAGACACAUCCUUUGGAGGAGACUUAUCCAUUCUACGUCCUUAUUGAAACUUCAGGAUCAAACAAAGAACAUGACGACGCCAAAUUGGAAACCUUCUUAGAGACUUCUAUGGAAAAUGGUAUUGUGAGCGAUGGUACCGUCGCCCAGGACGAAGCUCAACUGAAAACUUUAUGGUAUUGGAGAGAAGGUGUCAGUGAAGCUUCGACAAUUGGGGGUGGAGUUUACAAAUAUGACGUCUCCAUUCCGUUGAAAGACUUAUACGGUCUUGUAGAAGCUGCAAGGGAACGAUUGGAAGAGGCCAAUCUCAUAGGCGAGACCGAUGACUUCCCAGUUCUUAGGGUCCUUGGAUAUGGCCAUGUUGGUGAUGGUAACUUGCACUUGAAUGUUGCAGUUAGACGUUACACUAAGGAAGUGGAGAAAUGCCUGGAGCCAUUUGUUUAUGAAUGGAUCUCUGAGCAUCAUGGUUCUAUCAGUGCUGAACACGGAUUGGGAUUCCAGAAAAAGAACUACAUCGGAUACACCAAGACGGAAAAUGAGAUCAAGUUGAUUAAACAGCUCAAGAACCUUUAUGACCCCAACGGGAUUCUGAACCCCUACAAAUAUGUGUAA